GAAGUUGCUUUGAUUGCGGAAGUGUACAGAUGCUGUUGUAGGCGAAGCUCACUAACAAUCAGCUUUGGGACCGUAAUUUGACCGUGUUUAUUAUCCACUUGUAUGUAGUUCUGUGGGAGCUUCGGGUUCAGGUUUACGGCUCGAUCAGUCUUACAGGUUGAGCUGUCGUGAUGGCCGAUCACACUGAUGUCAGCCUGCAGCCGGAGGAGCGCGUCCGCGCCCUGACCAAGAAGGGCAGCUCGGUGGAGAUUAACGACGACAUGCCCCCACGCCGCUACUUCCGCUCAGGCAUGGAGAUGAUCCGCAUGGCUAACAUCUACACGGAGGAGGGCAACAUCGAGCAUGCCUUUGUCCUUUAUAAUAAAUAUAUUACGCUCUUUAUAGAAAAACUUCCCAAACAUCGGGAUUACAAGACAGCCAACAUUCCUGAGAAAAAGGACACACUAAAGAAACUGAAGGACGUUGCGUUUCCUCAGGCUGAGAUUCUCAAAAAAGCUCUACUGAAAAGAUUUGAACAGGAAUAUGCUCAAUAUCUUGUCAAAAAGAAAGAGGAGGAGGAGGCGUUGGCGCGGGAGCAGUCCAAGCAGCGAGCGCUGGACGCAGAGCGGGAACGUGUGGCUGAGAUGCAACGGCGGCAGCGGGAGCAGGAGCAGUUCAGUGCCUUUGAGGAGAUGAUCCGCCGCCAGGAGUUGGAGAAGGAGCGCCAACGAGUGCUUCUGGAGUUUGCUGCUCCGGCUGAGCCUUCCUCUGACACACCCCUCAUCCCGGGCAUCCAGGGCCCACCGUUAGUUUCCCCUACCUUUCCUCAGAUCCCAGGAGAACUGUCCAACCACCAACAUAACCGCCCUCCCACAUCCAUCGGCACACCCACCACCGGCCCGCCCAGCUUCGACCGCUCACUCAAGCCCGGGUCUCUGGUCAGCCCGGGGAAUAACAAUACAAUGGUGGAUGCCCUUCGGCAGUUGGCUGUUCCCGCUGAGUUGUGCCGGAGCUUUCUGAGGUUGGCUGAGGCCAACACAAGCAGAGCUGUAGAAACUUGUGGCAUCCUAUGUGGCAAACUGACCAGAAAUGCGUUUACUGUGACCCACGUCAUCGUACCAAAGCAGUGCGGCGGACCGGACUAUUGUGACACGGAAAACGAAGAGGAACUCUUCCUCAUACAGGACCAGUAUGAUCUCAUCACGCUCGGCUGGAUACAUACUCACCCCACACAGACAGCCUUCCUGUCCAGCGUCGACCUCCACACGCACUGCUCCUACCAGAUCAUGCUGCCGGAGGCCAUCGCUAUAGUCUGCUCGCCUAAGUUCAACGAAAUUGGCUACUUCAGAUUGACAGAUCGGGGAACAGAUGAGAUUUCCAUAUGUAAACAGAAAGGGUUUCAUCCUCACAGCAAAGAGCCACCUCUAUUUACACACGCUGGACAUGUCACCAUCACUGAUGGCACCGUGUCCAUGAUGGAUUUGCGGUGAUCUCGUUCCUUUUUUUUUCCACCAAAACACUCACAGACUGUUUUAUCAAGCUGGGGAAAAAAACACUCAUUUUUAUUUUCAGGGUGGUUCUGAGCAGAUGCUGGCCGCGAGUUUACCAUAAUUAUGGACCUCGGUUGUUCUCAAAGAGAACAACGCUGCAAACGUUUUUCUUUUUAUUAUGUUUUUUUGUUCUGUUAAGAAGAUAAUCCACAUGUUGUUGCACUUUCCAAACAAGCAACUGCGAUCCAGCUAAAGGACUGGCUCUUGGGGCCCUUUGUUUCUGUCAGUGUGUGGUGUACUUCUUUCCUUUUGUCAUUAAUAAAAAUGUUUGUUCAUCAGUGAGAGACGCAUGUCUGGUAACCCAAACCUUUCUUGCACCAUCGUCAUAUUUUGGUUUCUCCUGAAGGAUAAAGUGCCAAGGAUGAGAACAUAAACUUGUUUUUGAGUUUUUCAGUGUGCAACAUGAAGUCCAGUGUGAAGUUUUUAAUUUAUUCUUUGUUCUUUUAAAUGAGUGAUGAGAGAAGUGAAAGCAAGUUGUAACUCAGGUAUGCAGGCAGUGCUUGUGUUGCUGCGCUGUAUUCUAUUUUUAUACCCCAUCACUCCAGAUCAUCCUCUACCGUUAAAUGUUUCUGUGUGAAGUUUAAAAAUGUCCUUAUUGUUUCUUGGAUAAAGGGUUGGUAGAUCUUUAUCAUGUGUUCACGCUUCAGAGGACAAGUGUGCAAUCUGAAUGUACCUGAAUGCUCCACAUUACAACAUAUUACUAACCACCAGGCCCUGGAUCAUGCCCCUGUAACCAGUUUUUUUUUUUUUUUUGCUCCCUUCUCUUGUUAGAAGAAGUCAAAGAUUAGCCAUAAUUACGAAUUAAUUGCCAAGAAAAGAAUAAACUUGUAGAUGAAUUUA